AUGGACCGCGCAGACGCCAUCGGCCUCCAGGCCGCCAUUGCGCACGCACGCAAGAGCUACAACGACGGCGGCGUCCCCAUCGGCGCCGCCCUCGUGUACCACGGCGAGCCCGACGCGCAGGGCAAAUCGCAGCCAAAGUUGCUCGGGCAGGGACACAACCAGCGCAUCCAGAAGGAAUCGCCCAUCCUCCACGGGGAGACAUCCGCGUUGAAAGACGCCGGGAGAUUAAAGGCGGAGAUAUACAGGAACUCGACCAUGUACACUACUCUGAGCCCCUGCAGCAUGUGCUCCGGCGCUGUCAUGCUCUACAAGAUACCCCGUCUUGUGAUCGGCGAAAACGUCAACUUUAAAGGCGACGAGGAUCUGUUGCGAAGCCGGGGUGUGGAGGUGAUCGUGCUGGAUAACGCAGAGUGCAAGGAGCUGAUGCGGAAAUUUAUUGCCGAAAAGCCCGAGGAAUGGUACGAGGACAUCGGUGAAAUCCCCCCUCCUUCAAAGUCUGAAUAG